GUACGAGGCAUACGCAUUACUUUAUCCUCUGUGUGCUCCUGCCGUGAUUUGUAGCCAAAAUGACGAUCGGAAAAAACAACAAAAUGAUCCAGCUCCUGAACUACAGGGUGCGGAUCGUACUGCAAGACUCGCGUACCUUCAUCGGCACGUUCAAAGCCUUCGACAAACAUAUGAACCUCAUCCUGGGGGACUGCGAGGAGUUCCGUAAGAUUAAGCCGAAAAACACCAAACUGCCAGAGCGCGAAGAAAAGCGUGUGCUCGGGUUCGUGCUGUUGCGCGGUGGUAAUAUCGUGUCGCUCACGGUUGAAGGACCCCCGCCACCGGAAGAGGGCCUUCCUCGGGUACCGAUUCCCGGUGGUGCUGGUGGUCCAGGUAUGGGACGCGUCGGAGGUCGUGGAAUGCCGGCCAAUAUUGCUGGUGUUCCGGCUGGUUUGCAGGGACCGGUGCGUGGUGUUGGUGGACCAUCGCAACAGCAUAUGGCACCGGUGGGCCGAGGACAGCAGGUAUCCGCCCCACCACAGAUGCGUCCCAUGAUCCCGGGAGGACCACCGCCGGCCAUGAUACCGGGCGUUAAUCCAAUGGCAGGAAUGGGACGUGGUGCACCGCCGCCGAUGCGAGGGCCACCGCCCGGAAUGAUGCGUGGUGGGCCACCGACCAGGCCGUACUAGGUU